UGGGGUCUGCGCAGGCGCGCGCGGCGGAGGAGGCCCCGGCGGCGUCGUGAGGCGGCGGCGGCGGGCGCAGGCGGCGGCGGGGGAGGGACGGGCAGGGCCGGCGGCGCUCGCUCCCCUCCACCGCGGCCCCUUCGGGCCCCUCGGGCCCCUUCCCGGGCGCUCUUUCCUUCCCCCCCUCCCCUUCCCCUUCCCUUUCCCCUCUCCCCCCCCCCCCCUUUCCCCGCCCCGCGGCCUAAGGCCCGGCCGCCGCUCGGCCUCGCCGCCGCCUCAGCGCUUCCGCUUCCUCCUUCCCUUCCUUCCUCCUUCCUUCCUUCCCCCCCCCUCCCUUUUUCCCCUUCCUCCCCUCCCUUCCCUCUACCCCAACCCGCCCCGCCGUCGCCAUGGACGUGAAGCGGCUGAAGGUGACCGAGCUGCGGGCCGAGCUGGGCCGCCGCGGCCUGGAUUCCCGCGGCCUGAAGGUGGAGCUGGCGCAGCGGCUGCAGGAGGCCCUGGACGCCGAGAUGUUGGCGGCCGGACCGGAGGAAGGAGGCCCCGCCGGGCCUGGGGCCUGUAGCGGGGAAGCGGGACCGGCGGGAGGCCCCGCCGCGCAUCGCCACGGCGAGGAGGAGGAGGAGGAGGAGGAAGAGGAGGAGGAAGAAGAGGAGGAGGAGGAGGAAGACGAGGAGGCGCUGCUGGCUGACGAGGAGGAGGCGGCGGGGGGAGCCCCGGCGGCCCCCGGCGAGGCGGAGGCGGCCCUGCCCGGCCCCCCGGAGGAGGAGGAGGAGGAGGAGGAGGCGGCAGCGGCGGCGGCGGCGGAGGAGCCGGCGGUGGAGGAGCCGCCGCAGCAGGAGCCGGAGCAGCAGCAGCAGCAACAACCACCGGCGGCGGAACCGGAGCCGGUGGCCGAGGCCGAAGGCCCCGAGAGCGGCGGCGGCGUGAACGGAGCCGAGCGGCCGCAGGAGGAGGGACCCAGUGGGGACGAAGCCGCCGCCGCCGAGGCCAAGGAGGAAGGAGCGCAGGCCGGGGAGGAGGAGGAGGAGAAGGCGAAGGCUGGGGGGGCGGAUGGGGAGCGCCGGGGGGUGAAGCGGCAGCGGGACGAGAAGGACGAGCACGGCCGGGCGUACUACGAGUUCCGCGAGGAGGCCUACAACAGCCGCUCCAAGUCGCCGCCGCCGCCGGAGGAGGAGCCCCGGGAAGGGGAAGAGGAUGAAAACCUCGUCAUUUUGGACACCUACACCUCGGACCUGCACUUCCGCGCCACGCGGGACCGCUAUGGGGGGCAGCCCCUCUUCUUCGAGCGCUUCCCCUCCCUCUGGUCGGGCGCCCGCGGCACCCACGGCGUCACCGCGGGGAGGGUCUGCUUCGAGGCCAAGGUGACGCAGCAUCUGCCGCUGAAGGAGGGCAGCCCCGAGGUCCCGCUCUUCCGCGUGGGAUGGUCCGUGGAUUUCUCCCACUCCCAACUGGGGGAGGACGAGUUCUCCUACGGCUACGACGGGCGAGGGCUGAAGGUGGAGAACGGGCACUUCGAGGAGUUCGGGGAGAGCUUUGGGGAGAGCGACGUCAUCGGCUGCUUCGCCGUAAGGGGGCGUGACGAGCUGGUGGAGCUCUCUUUCUCCAAGAACGGCCGGGAGCUGGGACCCGCCUUCCGGGUGGGGAAGGGGGCGCUGGGGGGGCGCCCCCUCCUGCCCCACGUCCUCUGCAAGAACGUGGCCGUGGAGCUCAACUUCGGGCAGAAGGAGCAGCCCUUCUUCCCCCCGCCCCACGGCUUCCUCUUCCUGCACGCCGUGCCCCCCGAGGAGCGCGUCCGCACCGCUCUGCCCCCCAAGACCACCCAGGAGUGCGAGGUGGUGCUGAUGGUGGGGCUGCCGGGGGCCGGGAAGACGCAGUGGGCGCAGCAGCACAGCCGGGAGCACCGGGAGAAGCGCUACAACAUCCUGGGCACGGAGAGCGUCCUGCACCACAUGCGGCCCGGGGGCCAGGAGGAGCCGGUGCUGGACGCGCAGGGCCGGGACCAGCUGGCGCAGCGGGCGGCGCAGUGCCUCAGCAAACUGGUGCAGAUCGCCCCGCGCGCCCGCCGCAACUUCAUCCUCGACCAGUGCAACGUGUACAACUCGGGGCAGCGCCGCAAGCUGCUGGCCUUCAAGGGCUUCUGGCGGCGGGCGGUCGUUAUCGUGGCUAACGAGGAGGAGUGGGGCCGGCGGCUGGGGCUGCGCCGGGCGGCCGAGGGCGAGGACGUGCCCGAGUCCGUCAUGCUGGAGAUGAAAGCUAAUUACUCGCUGCCGGAGAAGAGCGAGUACCUGGACGAGGUGGCCUUCGGGGAGCUGCCCAAGGAGGAGGCGCAGCCGCUGGUGGCCAAGUACAAGGAGGAGGCGCGGAAGCUGCUGCCGCCGGCCGAGAAGCGCCAGAACCGCCGCAACAACCGCAACAAGCGCAACCGCAACAACCGCAACCGCGGCCAGGCCUACGUGGGCGGCCAGCGCCGGGGCUACGACAACCGCGUCUACGGCCAGCAGCAGUACUGGGGGCAGCCCGGCAACCGCGGGGGCUACCGCAACUUCUACGACCGCUACCGGGGCGACUACGACCGCUUCUACGGCCGGGAGUACGAGUACAACCGCUACCGCGACUACUACCGCCAGUACAACCGCGAGUGGCAGAAUUACUACCAGGACAGAGACCGGUACUACAGGAACUACUACGGGUACCAGGGCUACCGGUGAACCCCCGCCUCGCCCCGCGCCAGGGGGAAAACGGGGGGGGGAGGGUGGAAAAACACAAAAACCCCACAAAAUAACAAAAAAAAAAAAAAAAAAAAAAAAGAAAA